AUGACUCAGGCUGCUCCAGUGUUGAGUCGAUACGGAACGGAUUUUGUUGCGGAAGGUCGAGGUUCAGAUUCGGAGUGUUUAGGUGGUUUUGAAUGUUUUCUGAACAUUGUGAGAGCUUUGGGGAUGGGAUCUUGUAUAUCGGAGGUAGGUGCUGGUGGUUUGCCGCCUCUGUUAACUUAUUCACAGGAAUUGAAUGUUGAUGUUGGGAAGAGGAAGAGGAUAAGGGGUUCAUCUACCAUGGAUUUUAAGUUGCCCGGGAGGAUGUUCUUGAAUGGGUCAAGUGAUGUUGCUUCUAUGUAUUGUAAGCAAGGGAGAAAAGGAGUCAACCAAGAUGCUAUGCUUGUUUGGGAGAAUUUUUGUUCAAAGGACGACACCAUUUUUUGUGGUGUUUUUGAUGGUCAUGGACCUAAUGGCCAUAGGGUUGCAAAAAAAGUUAGGGAUUCUUUUCCUUUAAAGCUUGGUGCACAAUGGGAUUUGCAUCUUAAGAAUGAAGAUGGAUUCAGUAAUCAAAAUGGUGCUGCCACAAGUUAUAACUCUGAAGAGCAAAUUAGACAGGCUAGCAAGAUUAUGGACAAAGAACUGAAACUGCACCGAGACAUUGAUUGCUUUUGCAGCGGGACUACAGCAGUUACCUUGAUCAAGCAGGGGCUGAAUCUUGUUAUUGCAAAUGUGGGGGAUUCAAGAGCUGUAUUGGGAACCCGAGAUCAUGCCGAUUCUCUUAUUGCUGUUCAGUUGACCAUUGACCUUAAGCCUAAUCUUCCAAAGGAAGAAGAGAGGAUUAAGCAUCGCAAAGGAAGGGUGUUUUCUCUUAAGAAUGAACCGGAUGUGGCUCGAGUUUGGCUACCUAACUCUGAUUUCCCAGGUCUGGCUAUGGCACGGGCUUUUGGAGAUUUUUGCCUAAAGAACGUUGGAUUGAUUUCUGUUCCAGAUGUCUCAUAUCACCGCCUUACAGAGAAGGAUGAAUUUGUUGUGUUAGCAACAGAUGGGAUUUGGGAUGUUUUAUCAAAUGAAGAAGUUGUGGAGAUUGUGGCAUCUGCACCGCAGUCUACUGCUGCUCGAAUACUGGUUGAGUCAGCUGUUCAUGCUUGGAGGACAAAAUUCCCUUUCUGUAAGGUUGAUGAUUGUGCUGCAGUGUGCCUCUUUCUUAAUUCAGAUUCAGAGUCGAAGACAGAUGAUACCACAGACAAGUUGAUGCCAGAUGCAACAACGGACCCAGUUGAUCAAUCAUCUCUACCUAGUGAGAAUGGAAUUGGACCGGAGGAAGCUGAAAAACCGCAGUGA